AUGUCACAUCUUCCAAGCUGCAGCCUCCUCCGGGUGUCACACCCUCCUCUGCACCCCCAGUCCCUAACCCCCGACAUCCUGCCCUCUCCACUCUCCCCACUACCCGUGGCCCCCUCGUGCCCACCCUCCUUGGCCCCCUCUUCCACCUCCUCCAGUCUGGGGAUGAAGGCUGGAGAGUUCCCACAUGGGGGUCCAGGAAGGUUGCCAGGAGGGGGCCCCGGCUGUGCCCUUCGUGGCUGUUAUAAGGUGCUCUCCGUGGUGCUGUUGCUGGCACAGGGGGCUUUGCUAGACCUCUACCUGAUUGCCGGCACUGACCUGUACUGGUGUUCGUGGAUAGCCACUGACCUGGUUGUGGUUGCUGGAUGGGGGAUCUUCUACUCCAAGAACAGCAGGGGUCAAAGAACCUAUCAUGGGUCUCUCAGCUCCACCGGAUAUGGACAAGUUCAUCGGCCAAAGAAAGGGCCUUUUGCUUAUAGCCACCUUGCUUGGCUGAUAUAUGCUAUAGCGUUCACCCCAAAGGUGACACUUAUACUCUGUACCCCAAUAGUGGAUCAGAUAGAGGCUGGGGUACCACUGGGCAGCACAGGUUUUAGACUGACUGUGGCUCUCUCGGUCCCACUCCUGUGGUCUUUGGUGCGCUCGCUCAGUGUUGACCCACGAGGAUGGCCACACCAAAGAGCAAGUGGUUAUUUCCUUGCCUCCUGCCUGGAUCUGCUUGACAGCUAUGCCCUCCUGGAACCAAUGCUGGAAGGGAAACUACCGCUAACCCCUCUAAUCUACUACCCUCUAUUGGUUGUCUACUUUGUGGCUUUGGCAUCCCCCGUGCUCUGGUUGUCAGAGUUGGACUCAGCGGUUCCUGCUGGCCGUUGUCGGCUUUUCCUUCGCCUCCUUUGCAGCUCAUUGGUGGAUGCUCCUCUAUUGGCUGUUCGUUGCUUCUUGAUGUUGGGUCCAGCGAGCCAGCCUAUGUCUGUAUUUAUGUUAAAGAAUGUCUUCUUCUUGGCCUGCCGCUGGCUGGAGGUCUUAGAGCUCUGCUGCCUCCUAAAAUCUCCUGGUCCUGACCACAUGGACCGCCCUCCAGGACAGUUCAGCCACUGCGUGUCUGAAAACGACAUGGGGCCUCAUGCUUACGUCAAUACCCUGGCUGUGACAUCACAGAACUGA